AUGUCUCUCUGCCAAUCUCGCCUUACGGAGGAGCGCAAGCAAUGGCGCCGCGAGCACCCCUUCGGUUUCUUCGCGAAGCCCGUGAGAACCACCACCGGCGUUGUCGAUCUCAAGACCUGGGAUGUCGGUAUUCCUGGACGCGAAAAGACCAUCUGGGAAGGCGGACUUUUCAAACUCACCCUCACCUUUCCAGACGAGUACCCCACCAAGCCGCCAAAAUGCAAAUUCGUUCCUCCUCUCUUCCACCCCAACGUCUACCCGUCUGGCACUGUCUGUCUCUCGAUUCUCAACGAAGAGGAAGGCUGGAAGCCCGCCAUCACCAUCAAGCAGAUUCUGUUAGGCAUUCAGGAGCUGCUAAACGAGCCUAACCCCGAGUCGCCGGCUCAGGCCGACGCCUACAAUCUGUUCAAGAAGGAUCGGGCUGCGUACGAGCGUAAGAUCAAGAGCAUCGUCAAGGAGAACCCCGUGCCGUGA